CGUUCCAAGAGAGCGGGGCCGCAUCCCAAGCGGAAGGUGGUGGUUGUGGGUGCCGAAGCUGGUUUGAAAGUGGGGGUCGGGCCGCGCGGUCGUUGUUUGUCGCCUUGGCCCCACUUCCGGGCUAGACCGUUCCUGCCUGCCCCUGCCCCGCCUCCUUUCUGUUCCCUAGGUCCCAGUCCCGGCUCUCCGCGGGACUCGCUCCCCGCCUGCCCCCGCCCGCUGUCGCUUCGGACGGCUCUGCGGCCCCGCCGCCACCAUGUCCCUGCACGGCAAACGGAAGGAGAUCUACAAGUAUGAAGCGCCCUGGACCGUCUACGCCAUGAACUGGAGCGUGCGGCCUGACAAGCGCUUUCGCCUGGCUCUGGGCAGCUUCGUGGAGGAGUACAACAACAAGGUUCAGCUUGUUGGUUUAGAUGAAGAAAGUUCAGAAUUUAUUUGCCGAAACACCUUUGACCAUCCGUACCCCACCACAAAACUCAUGUGGAUCCCUGACACAAAAGGAGUCUACCCAGACCUGCUGGCAACAAGUGGCGACUAUCUCCGUGUGUGGAGGGUUGGUGAAACAGAGACAAGGCUCGAAUGUUUGCUAAAUAAUAACAAGAACUCAGAUUUCUGUGCCCCCCUGACUUCCUUUGAUUGGAAUGAAGUGGAUCCUUAUCUUCUGGGUACCUCAAGCAUUGACACGACUUGUACCAUCUGGGGGCUGGAGACUGGGCAGGUGUUGGGGCGAGUGAACCUUGUGUCUGGCCAUGUGAAGACCCAGCUGAUUGCCCAUGACAAAGAGGUCUAUGAUAUUGCAUUUAGCCGAGCUGGAGGUGGCCGGGACAUGUUUGCCUCUGUGGGCGCUGAUGGCUCAGUGCGGAUGUUUGACCUCCGCCAUCUGGAACACAGCACCAUCAUUUAUGAAGACCCGCAGCAUCACCCACUGCUUCGUCUCUGCUGGAACAAACAGGACCCUAACUACCUGGCCACCAUGGCCAUGGAUGGAAUGGAGGUGGUGAUUCUGGAUGUCCGCGUUCCCUGCACACCUGUCGCCAGGUUAAACAACCACCGGGCAUGUGUCAAUGGCAUUGCUUGGGCCCCACAUUCAUCCUGCCACAUCUGCACUGCAGCGGAUGACCAUCAGGCUCUCAUCUGGGACAUCCAGCAAAUGCCCCGAGCCAUCGAGGACCCUAUCCUGGCCUACACAGCUGAAGGAGAGAUCAACAAUGUGCAGUGGGCAUCAACUCAGCCUGACUGGAUCGCCAUCUGCUAUAACAACUGCCUGGAGAUACUCAGAGUGUAGUGUUAGUGGCGACUCACCCACAAGGCAGGGGCUUGUGUGUUUUCCACCUCUGCCCCACUCCAAGUAAGAAGAAAUGUAUUUCCAGUGGCCAGUAUGUCUGUUGUUGCUUUGCACCCACUGUUUCCAGAAGCUGCUCUAUGAGUGUCCGGCCAGUCAACCAACAUUCUUUCUGCCGGAUUCAGUGCUAUGUGGCGUUUCCUCAGCCCAGGGCUGAGUUUUAACAUUUUUCUCUCUUCUUUUCCUAUGUUUUCUCAAUUAAAUAUGUCUACAUAUUUGUUUGUCAGCUCUUAACGUUAAUGAGCAGUACAAGCACUGGCUCUGUUUGUAUCUAUCUGGCCCAGUGUCUGUCUGUUUGCUGCCCAAGGCAGUGGUCCAUGUCUUAUACCUGUCCGUGUCCCUGUUAGCACUUAAGUGGGAACAAAUGCCAACUUGAAGUUGUCUUUCCUCCUGGUGUCAGUGUCUUUAACAAAUUUCAACUUUGUAUAUUUUUUAUCUAUCAGGCUAAUUUUUUAAUGAAAAUAAUAUUACUCUUCUAGUCUCUUCUUUUGUUUUAUAGUUCUCCCCUUUUGCAUCUUCCUUUCUUCUCUCAGUGCCUGGAGCAGGUACUGGGUCCUUGACCCUAUGAGCAGUUUGCCUUCCUGAGUCACUGACAGAGUGGCACAUACCUGACCAGGAGUCCCAAACCACCCUGGUGCUCUGAAGUCUACCAACUCAUCAACAUUUUCUCAGCCUGGCUCUUCUCAAGGCUCUUCUUUACCCACAGGACAGACAAGCUCCCGUGUCUGGCCUCACUGGUACCUUUUGGGCACAUGGUAGAGCUUAGAUAGGCAGCCGAUUGGGGGCAGGGGGGCAGGCUGGAGAGGAAUCAUUUCAGGAAAGCUGAACUUAGAGCAUAUUUCCAGUACCUAGUUUCAGAGUUUGUUUUUCCCUUUAGUCGUAAGCCCCAGGCCACUCCAUUCUGGGACUUGAAUGAUAAGUAAGAAUGAUCUCUAGGCUGAACUUUGGUAUUUAUCUUUAUUGAGCUUCCUGUGCCUGGUGGAAUAUUGGUCCCUCUUUGGAUUAAGUGCUCUGAGUGAGAGAGUCUUCCUAAGAGGAAAAGUCUAUGUGUCUGACACUGUACAGGUUCUUUAGAAGUGGGGAGACAGGAAGCUGUCAACUGGGGAUGGACUAAUUGGCUGUGAUGAUCCAGAGCCAUUAAGUACCUAGCUUCAUAAGAAUCAUAGACCCAGGGUCAGUCAGUGAAAAGGUCUACUCGCACCUGUCAGAUUCGUUCCUACGCCAAUUUACUUUCUGGGCAGUAUUGAACUUGUAGUUUUCUGUAACCCGUUGACUUACAGGCUGCAAGUGUCUGUUUCCGUUACAUACAUAGGUUUCAUGGAGGGGGCUUGUGUGUAAUUCUGACUUUAGAUGAGUCCUUGGGGUGGACAGUUUGGGACUUGCACUAAGGAGAGUUUGCCUGGCCUAUCAUUCUCUGUCAAGUUCCUGAAGGUUUUUGGAACCUUCUGAGAUAGUCACCUGAGAUUAGGAGAGUAGCAGGCCUGACAAUGGUUUUGUCCACUUCGGCUCUCACCUGCUCAGGAAAUAAGUUAACUUCAUUCUUCUCAUUCUUUAAACUCUUCUGGUUGACUCUUCCCUUUCCACAGCUGAUGUAGUUGUAUACCAGAAGUCACAGCUUGCUUUACUACACAGGGGCUUGUCCUGAAGGAAAGGGGUUUUUUAGAUGCGGUAUUUCCUUCUUUGAGCUUCAUACUUUGUUGUUCUGAUGGUGGGAUUUUGGGUGGCCAUCUCCUGCAUUUACCACCAGAUUUUCACUGCAUCAAUUGGAGAUAACAAAGCAAGCAGUUCUUGGUCAGACCCCUCCUCUGCUUUCAAUUGUAUUUGCUAGUGGUUACAGGGUCCUCCUGUCAAGGAUAGCAAGGUCAGCUGAUAGCUGCUGUCCUAGGAGGCCCCAUUUCUUUCUAUGGAGAAGGUCUGUGAUGGGCGUCUGAGUGGUAGCAGUGGCUGGACCUGAUUGGGGGGCGGGGUGAGGUACUCCACUGAGUUCUUAGUGGACCUAAUCCUGGUCUGAAUGGCAAGGAAAUUUCUCAACUGAAACUUGAAAAAUGCUAAUUCAGAAAAUUUAAUUAGCAGUGGUUAUUGCAUAGAUUUGAAUGAUGGUUUUUCCUUGCCCUGUGGACUCUCAGCCCUGUCAUCCUUCCUCAGGCUCUGCAGUGCAGUUCCUCUGCAUCCAUCUGGAGCCCAGAGGAGACUCCGAUCCCUCAGCAAACACAUGUGCCCGGUUUCAGGUGGCUGACAUUUUGAAGUCCCAGCUGCUAGGGCUUUAUGUGGAGGCACCUCUGGGCACUGGGGCAGCUGUGAUGUCCCCUCUGAUGCUCUUGACAGGCCAAGCCACAGGCAAAAACAGGUCUGCCCUGCUGAAGGGCAGAAAGCUGGAUCAGUUAGGCCUGAGAGCCUAAUUGAAUGGGUCCAGGGCAUUCAAGGACAUGACCUUUACACUCAAGAGGUUGGGACCCUCUCCUUCCAAGAACGACUCUGAGAGGUCAGGACGUAAAGAGGGGCAAUAUUUGAUAACUGGGUGACAACUUCGUAUCAGAUCCAGGAUCAGCUCUCAGAGAAUUAGCUAAGAUUUAAUAAGAACAUUAAAAAUUCAGACUCCUACAACAGUUUGUCAAUAGUUAUGGCUGGAAUUUUACAAGAUUUAGGUUGUAGGAGAAAGUCAGUGGUAUUUCUUUGGAUCAAGGGAGGAAAUAUUAAAGCCCAGGUAAAGUCUGAGGUGGGGAACCAUUCAGACUUGUGUGACUGUAGAGUGAAACCAUGCCCUCAGACCAGUCACCUUCCUAGACUAUUAAUCAGGCAUCUGUGGUGCUGGGUAACUAUGGGACAGGGUGACAGCUCAGGAAAGGAGCCCCUCCCUGCAGCAGGCGAAAAUAGGUGAAAAUUUGCAAGCAUUGGGUAUCCCAUGGCAAUUCCAGACCAUAGUUCCUCUUAGCUGUAGAUUUGUACAGAGGUGGUAAACAGUCAUGUAGACCUUUCCCCCUUCUUCUUCUUUUCUCUUACCAUUACACUAUAGAACUUUCUCCUUGCUGCAACAUGGCCCUGAAGGAAAUCUUUUUUUUUUUUUUUUCUUUUGGUACUGGGAAUCAAACUCAGGACCUUGGGCUUUUGAUGCAGGUGGCGGCACCACUGAGCUAAAUCCCCGGCUACAUGACCCUGAAUUCUUAGGCUGUAAGGACAUAUAGGAGCUGCAGGGUUUACCAAAAAAGGGAGGGCCGCCCAGACCUGCACCUCCACCUUCCUCACUUUGAGAAUAUGACAGUUCCUUUGACUUCUGGUUUGGGACAAGGGGCUACCGUUGAAGUAGAAUCCUUGAAGCGCACUUUUUCCUUUACUCUCUGUACUCUAGGACAAGGAAGGGGGGCCGUGCUUGGUACUUAGCUUAGGUUUUCUGAAAGAAAGCUGAGCUAAGCAAAGUCACCAAGAACCAUAGGCCAGGCUUUUUGGGAGUUAUCUUCUCUGCCCUGAUUGUGUAGCCACCAGAGUGUCUUGUAUUGCAGAGCCUUGUCCACCUCACCCACCUGUACCUUUUCCUCCUCCCACUGUUGUCACUGCUGCUAAUGGUCAGAAUCAAUUGGGUGGCCACAUAGGAUGGGUCAAGGCCUCUUGGGCUACUUUCUGGAUGUCAUUUUUUAAAAUUUGGAAACAUGAAGGUGCCUUCCUAAAAGAGGCUUGGACUGGUGUGUCAAACCAGGAACAAAUAAGCUAAGAAAGUUUGAACUCCAGAAGAAAGAUGCUGACAAUGUGUGACAGCUGGAAAAUGUGCAAGCACCCACCUUUGGGACAACCCAGUGAAGAUGAACUUGUAAUAAUCUACUGUUGAAAGAAAUGUUCACACCUUGGGUUGCAUUAUGAAAACUGUUCACUUGAAGUUUCGAAUUGCUUUAGUCCACUAUGGAUCACUUGCUUUGGUUCCUGUUUAUUUUAUGACCCCUCUGUCAGUGAUUUUCCCUCGCCCCCUCUCUGAGUGUGAAUUUGUAGCAUGAUUGUAUAAACCUCUAUGUAGAAGUUGGGGAUUUCUUCUUCUCUGAAAUGUUAAGCUCUAAUCUCUGUGCCCUUUAGCCUAGUGUGUCUGAACUUACUUUCUUCUUAUAUAUUUAAACUUUCCCUCUGUCCUGUAGGUUUUGUAGCAUCUCCUGGUCAGGUGAAGAGGAAGCUGCUCCUUGCCGAACUGUACUGUAACCAUUUUUCUUUUAUAAAUAUUUUCACAGGACUGAAUGUACACAGGGCUUGUAAUAAAAUUUUAACACUGUGCUGUGAAACCACGCAGAGGAAUUUCCACUGAAGGCACUACAAAAGCACCUGAAAGUGGAAUCUUCUGUGACUUUUAUUUCUUGCUUCUUAAGUACAUUAAGCCUAAUUUUCACCCUUUCAUUUUGUUUCAGCCUCCUGUAUAAGAAGUACCGUAUUUUCUUCCCAUCAUACUUUGUAAUAAAACUUGAACAUAUGUAGAUGAA